UUUAGUGAUGAGACAGAUGAUACCUCCCAUCACCCUCGCCUCUUGACAUCCUCCCUAUCCCUGCUUCAGGGGCUUUUCCUCUCUGACUGUGCCAUACCCUCCACCUUCUCCCCUCCUGUCUCCCGGGUUCUAUUCAUCCCUGUUCCCUCUGCGUCCCGGUUCUCACGCUCUCUUCCGCUCUGCCCUCCCUGGCUCCUUCCACCUCCCGGCCGCUCCCUUCCCCCUCCAGGUGCGCACCUGCUACUGCUCGCUCUACUGCGCGUUUGCGCUCUACGCCCAAGGGAGCCGGGGCUGCAGAGCUGGAGAAACUUCCGCGGCUCCGGGCGCGGUUGGCUUAGGAUCCGGGCUCCGGGGCUGAGACAGGUGUCUGUGCCACCCGCGAUGGGCUGCUCCAGCAGCGCCCUCAACAAGGCCGGCGACAGCAGCAGGUUCCCCAGUGCAACUUCAAAUGAGCAUUUUUCAACCACAGAAGAAAGUAAGUCCUGCUUUGCCCAACCAAAGCCAUGUACACUGGGAAGAGAAUCUACCCUUGACGGCAAUGUACAAAGGGAAACCCAUUCUCCAUUACAAAAGCUCAAGGAUUCAGCAGAGCCUACAGCUAAUGGUGUUAAACCCCUUCAGGAACAGCCCCUGGCCAAGGAUGUAGCCCCUGGAAGGGAUGCCGUAGACCAAUCAGGGUCCACAGAAAAGACCCAGCCUGGAGAGGGACCGGAGGAAUCAGGGCCGCCUCAGCCAGGUAGCAAAAAGGAUGCCCCAGCAGGGGAAGGAAAGAAGAAAGAUGCAGGAGCAGGGACGAAGGCUGAGCCUCUAAAAGGAAAUGCUGAGGCUGAGCCUUUAGGACCAGAAGCCAAGGGUCAGCCUUUGCAGACAGCAGGAAAGAAGCACUCCCUCAGAGCAGGGGAGGACACUGAGAAUCCACAAACUGCUGCAGAGAUGAAGCUUCUAGGAACAACUGAGAACAUUCUGCCUCUGCAAACAGCUGGAGAGCUACAACCUCAGGGUGCAAUGGGAGAGGAUGAGCAGGCUUUGCUUCUAGAAACCAUUUCUAAAGAGAAUGAAUCUCCAGAAAUAUUGGAAGGAAGCCAGUUUGUGGAAACAGCUGAAGAGCAGCAACUUCAGGCAACAUUGAGAAAAGAGGAGCAGCUCCAGCUUCUGGAAACAAUUCCCAAAGAGAAUGUAACACCAGAAGUAUUGGACAGAAGUCAACUUGUGGAAAAGCCUUUUAUGAAUGAUCCACUCCAUAAAAGUCCUGAAGGUCCAGGAAACAUGGAGCAGAUUCGACCUGAAGGAAUAGUUGGAGGUAUGGAGCGUCCAGCACGAAAUGUAGAGACAGGAGCAGAUGUGGAAAUGGUAAGGAACAUCCACACUAACGAAGAGGACCAACGCAUUGAAGGUGAGACAGGGGAAAAGGUGGAAACAGAGAUGGAGAAUGAAAAAGUGAGUGAAGGGACUGAAACCAAAGAAGAAGAAACAGGAGAAGCGGUGGACUUUUCAGCAGCCACAUAGGGUCUUACGCUGUUGCCCAGGCUGCUGUGUAGUGGUGUGAUCAUGGCUUACUGCAAGCUGGACUUCCUGGGCUCAGACCAUCCUCCCACCUCACCUCCCCUGAGUAGCUGGGACUACAGGCAUGUAUUACCAUGCCCAACUAAUUUUUGUAUUUUUAGUAGAGACAGCGUUUUGCCAUGUUGUCCAGCUGGUCUCGAACUCCUGAGCUCGAGUGACCUGCCUUGGUCUCCCAAAGUGCUGGGACUACUGGGGUGAGCCACCUGGCCUACCUAGUUUCUUUUACUUUAGAUUCUACAUUAAAAUAACUACUAAGAUGGCCUAUAAUUAAUUAUAAGAAUAUAGGAUACAGGGAAGAAUAUAUUUUCUUGAUUCUGAUUUUAAUAUUAAUUUAUGUUCUGACUGUAAAGUGCUGAGGAGGACAAUAAAAGGAGCUCCUUGAGGAGAUGACACCAUCCUUUCUGCAAAGCAAAGGCACUGGAUUGUGAUUGUAUUGAAAGCAAGCACUGUGUUUUAUGUAUCUUUGAAUUCAGGCAUUUAGCUCCUUUAAUGGAAUGUGGUAGGUACUCGAUAAAUAUUUGUUGAAUCAAUAAAUUAAUAGCAAACGCCAUGGAGUCCCAUUUAUACUUAAUUCAUUAAGAAAAAUACAUAUAAAAUAUAAAUUUGGUUGGGCAUGGUGGCUCGCGCCUAUAAUCCCAGCACUUUGGGAGGCUGAAGCGGGUGGAUCUCUUGAGUCCAGGAGUUCAAAACCAGCCUGGGCAACAUGGCGAGACCCCGUCUCUACAAAAAAAUACAAAAACUUAGCUGGACAUGAUGGCAUGUGCCUGUAGUCCCAGCUACUCAGGAGGCUGAGAGUCAAAUCAUUUAUUCUCAUGAAAUUUUGGAAAUUUAUAUAAAUUUCUGGUACUUGCCCUACUUUUGUCUUGAUCCUUUAAUGUGGUUACUAAAACAUUUUUGGAAACUCUAUUUUUUAUUCUUUUAGAUAAUAUUAAGUUUUAACAUUAAAAUCUUAUAAGGAAAAUUAAAAUAUUUCACAAUAUAUGAACAUUUCAAAAUUUAAAUAUUUCAAAAUCUGUUAAUUUUAAAAAGUAAUAAAUAUCUAUGGUAAAAGUCAAAUAUAGAAGGGCAUAAAACAGAUAGUGAAGUUUCCUUUCCAUAUCCUUUAGUCCUUCCAUGAAAAAAUAGUAUUUCUUGUGUAUACUUACAAAAAAAGUAUAUGUAUAUACCAGGCUAUAUGUAUAUGCUAAAAUAUAAGUGUAUAUUUACAUAUCUACAUUUUAACGUUUUUUUUUUUUGAGAUGAAGUUUUGCUCUGGUUGCCCAGGCUAAAGUGCAAUGGCGCCAGCUCAGCUCACUGCAACCUCCACCUCCCGGGUUCAAAUGAUUCUCCUGGCUCAGCCUCCUGAGUAGCUGGGAUUACAGGCAUGUGCCACUAUGCCAGGCUAAUUUUGUAUUUUCAGUAGAGAUGAGGUUUCUCCAUUUUAGUCAGGCUGGUCUCAAACUCCUGAUCUCAGAUCAUCCCCCUGCCUGGGCCUCCCAAAGUGCUGGGAUUAUAGGCAUGAACCACUGUGCCCUGGGGGUCUUGCUGUGUUGCCUAGGCUGGUCUUGAAUUCUUGGCCUCAAGUGAUCCUUCUGCCUCAGUCUCCCAAAGUGCUAGAAUUACAGGCAUGAGUCACUGGGACCAGCCUACAUAUCCACAUUUAAAAACACAAAUGAUAAUUUACACAGCCCUUGUACUGUGAAAGCUGCAUGUAAAACCACUGAUUGAUCCUUUCCUAUGUUAAAAUGUUUUUCUUUUGCCUAAGACUGAGUCUUAACAGAGCAUAAUGUAUUCUGACCCUAGGUCCCCAGACCCUGAAAGGUUUUGACCAGUUUUGCCUCCAGAUUCAAAAUGCGCAAGAUGGACAAAAGAUUUGAGUUGUUUAAAUAGAGAAACUGCCAGUGGGGCUGGAUUUUUCUAACCCUGAGUGCUGUGCAACCACUUUGUACCCCAGUUUGUGUUCUUUUAAUUGAGAUAAUUUCAGGCCCAGUAUGAUGGCUCAUGCUUGUAAUCCCAGCACUUGGGGAGGCCGAGGUAGGCAGUUCAUACGGUCAGAAGUUCAAGACCAGCCUGGCCAGCAUAAUAAAACCCUGUCUCUACUAAAAAUACAGAAAUUAGCCAGGUGUGGUGGCAUUUGCCUGUAGUCCCAGCUACUCGGGAGGCUGAGGCAGGAGAAUCAUUUGAACCCAGGAGGUGGAGGUUGCAGUGAGCUGAGACUGUACCAUUGCACUCCAGCAUGGGCAACAGAGCAAGACUCCAUCUCAAAAAAAAAAAAAGGUAAUUUUAUUAUUUCUGUACCUAAUUGGGAUGGAAAUGAACAAAUUUCGCAACUCUCAUUCUUAGGAGUGAGCAUAACAUUUGUAUUUAUCAGCAGGGCGUGCCAGUUUGCAAAUACAGGAAAUACCCAGAGCAGACUCAAAGUCUUGGCCAGAAGUGCCAACGCCCCGAGGCAGCCAGAGGGUAGAAAUGUGUGGUUCAGUGACUGGGUGUGGUGGCCCACACCUGUAAUCCCAGCCCUUUGGGAGGGAAACCACUUGAGCUCAGGAGUUUGGGACCAGCCCAGGCAACAUAGCAAGACCCUGUCUCUACAAAAAAUAAAUAAAUGUUUCAAACUAUUACCUUACUGCUUUUUCCAUUUAGACUUUGGAGUAAAAGCUCUUACCAUAUUUUGAGCAGUCAAAACACCCACACCACUCUGAACAAAUGCUUUAUUCCACAUUGGGCCUUGAAGUAAGAAUUACUUAAGAAAAUGUUUCUUUCCACAUUUAACUAAUCAAAGAAUAUUGGAUGGCCAUGGGCAAAUAAACCUAGUAGGGUUUACACUGUACUCUUUUGGCAAAUACAAUAGCUUGUUAGAGAUGGCAAGUAUCCUUUUUUUCUUUUUUUGUCACCCAGGCCGGAGUACAGUGGUAUGUUCAGCUCACUGCAAACUCUGCCUCCUGGUUUUAAGUGAUUCUCCUACCUCAGCCUCCCAAGUAGCUGGGAUUACAGGCAGGCACCACCAUGCCUGGGUAAUUUUUGUAUUUUUAGUAGAGACAGGGUCUUAACUAUGUUGGCCAGGCUGGCCUCGAACCCCUGAGCUCAAGCGAUUCUCCUGCCUCAGCCUCCCAAAGUGCUGGGAUUACAGGCUGAACCACCACACUUGGUCAAGUAUCCUAGUCUAAUGAAGAUAGUUUGGUGAUCCAAUUCUGAAAUUUUCACAAAGGCCAGUGAUGUGGGCAUCAUAAAGCUAUUCAUUUGCUUGCACACAUUUGUAAGGUAAAAGGAGAAUGACCCUUCCCUUCUCUCUCCCCACACCAGAUAGCAAGGCAUGCCGUGUUUGAAAUGUUGAAAGCAUUUACUUAUAAGAUGUCAUUACGUCUAAAACUAUGUCAGCUUCUCACCUCUCCAGAGUUUAUAAAUUUAUGUGUUUUGUUAUAAUCUCAGGGCUUUAAUUGCCUAUGCAGAAUCAGUGUAAUUUCAGAGAGCAGCUGACAAGCAUGGAUUUUCUCUUCCAGUUCCUGUCAGUACCAACAAAAGUUGGCAAUAGUGAUCCACGUCAGUCAAAUUGCAGGCUUUUUGCUUCACUCGUCGGUACCAGCACUCAGCACAUUUAUGGGGGAGCACUUGAGGCGUUCAAAGUUGACAACCAUAUCAUUAUUCUGUGCAUAAUGAAAGAGGUCUCUGGACAUCAAAGGCAGGCUUUAAUAAUCCCAAAGGUAGAAGGGCCAACCUACAUUAUUCUAAAGUACUCUUUCAGUUUAAUAAUAUGCUACUGAAAUUAAUAAACAUGCUACUCCCAUCCACUACUGGGGAUAGAGAUAGGCAAACCUCACUAAUUUUCCAAAAGAGUUCUGAGAAACCAACUGAGGAUACCAGUUUUAUUUUGAGAUCUCUUUUUUUUUUCCUCAUAGAAUAUAGAUAUUUCUAAAAUUUCUUUUUUUUUUUUUUGACACAGAGUCUUGCUGUGUCGCCCAUGCUGGAGUGCAAUGGUGCCAUCUCAGCUCACUGCAAACUUUGUCUCCUGGGUUCAAGCCAUUCUCUUGCCUCAGCCUCCCAAGUAACUGGGACUACAGCCAUGUGCCACCACUCCUGGCUAAUUUUUGUAUUUUUAGUAGAGAUGGGGUUUCACCAUGUUGACCAGGCUAGUCUUGAACUCCUGACCUCAAGUGAUCCAUCCGCCUGCCUCAGACUCCUAAAGUAUUAGGAUUACAGGUGUGAGCCAUUGCACCCAGCCUUAGAAUUUCUUCUUAAUAAAAGUAAGUAUAGUGAUUCAUACUAUCACAUAAAUUUAAAAAUAAUGCAUGUUGUAAAGAAUUGAUUUGUGUGACCCUGAUUCUUUUUUUUUUUUUUUUUUUUAAUUUUUUAUUGGAUUAUAGGUUUUGGGGUACAUGAGCAGAGCAUGCGAGACAGUUGCGUAGGUACACACAUGGCAGUGUGCUUUGCUUUUCUUCUCCCCUUCACCCACAUUUGGCAUUUCUCCCCAGGCUAUCCCUCCCCACCUCCCCCUCCCACUGGCCCUCCCCUUUUCCCCCCAAUAGACCCCAGUGUUUAGUACUCCCCUUUCUGUGUCCAUGUGUUCUCAUUUUUCAUCACCCACCUAUGAGUGAGAAUAUGCGGUGUUUCAUUUUCUGUUCUUGUGUCAGUUUGCUGAGGAUGAUGUUCUCCAGAUUCAUCCAUGUGUGUGACCCUGAUUCUAAACACUUUUUUUUUUUGAGACAGAGUCUCACUCUGUCACCCAGGCUGGAGUGCAGUGGUGUGAUCUUGGCUCACUGCAACCUCUGCUGCCUGGGUUCAAGCAAUUCUCGUGCCUCAGUCUCCUGAGUAGCUGGGACUACAUGUGCACGCCAGUACACCUGGUUAAUUUUUGUAUUUUUAGUAGAGACAGGGUUUCAUCAUGUUGGCCAGGCUGGUCUCAAACUCCUGACCACAGGUGAUCCACCCGCCUCAGUCUCCCAAAGUGUUGAGAUUCCAGGCAUGAGCCACCAUGCCCAGCCCUGAUUUUAAACACUUUUCAAAGAGUCAUUCAAUGACAAGAGAAGAGGCUUUCGAUGGCAGCUGUACUGUUGGAGAGUAGCUUUGGGUUGGAGAGGGGGUGUGGGCCCCAGCACCUCACUAGGAAGUCACAAGGCCCACUGGUGACUUUUCUAAACACCACCACAACCCUAGCAGUUCAGUGGAGAACAAAGUGAUAGUGAUUUGAAGUAGUUAUUUAGUGGAUCAGUAUAGCUUAUCUUCAGGUUUCUGGAUAUAAGAGUUUUUAAAUAACAUUUUUUUGGGGGUAGAAAUAAACAUUUUCUGCCUAGGUACUUAUAUAUGUCACAGAAUGACUAUUUAGGCAAUAAUUACAAAAGAAGGAUUUGUUAUUAAAAUAAUUAUUUUUUCUUAGUAUAAAACAAUACAUGUUCAUUGUAGAAACUUCAGAAAAUAUAAACUUUAAAAGAUGAGAUCUAAAUAUUACCCUGAUCACUGUUAGCAUGUUGAUGUAUAUAAGAGAUUAUUUUUUUAGUUGCAACACUUGUUGCAAUAACAAGUUAGUCAAAGGACAACUGUCAGUAGAACUUUGAGUCUGUUGAGUCAAUGAGCACAGCACAUCUGAAUUUUCCUCAUUAGAAUCCACUGCAAGUAAUAGGUUAUAGAGAAUGUUCCAGUACUACUUGCUAUAUUCAUAAACAUUGAUUGGUGCUACAGAGAAAGCAACUCUGCAAAGUAUAUGAGCGCUUAGCUGACCAUAAUUUAUGAUUUAUGCUAGAUGAAUAAUUCACUGAAAUGAAAUCCUUUAUUUGGAAUUAUUAUUAUUAUUAUUUUUGCCAAUCAGUUUGAGCUUAUGAGGUUGCUCAGGUUAGCCUUGAACUGAUGACCUCGCCUUCGCGAGUGCCAUGACCUCCGGCGGGAGCCACUUUGGACCCCUAUUAUUAUUAUUAUUUUUGAGAUGGAGUUUCACUCGAUCCCCAGGCUGGAGUGCAAUGGUGCGAUCUCGGCUCACCGCAACCUCCGCCUCCUGGGUUCAGGCAGUUCUCCUGCCUCAGCCUCCUGAGUAGCUGGGAUUACAGGCAGGCACCACCAUGCCCAGCUAAUUUUUUGUAUUUUUAGUAGAGACGGGGUUUCACCAUGUUGACCAGGAUGGUCUUGAUCUCUUGACCUCGUGAUCCACCCACCUCAGCCUCCCAAAGUGCUGGGAUUACAGGCUUGAGCCACCACGCCCGACCUGGAAUUAUUUUUAAUGCUUUCCAAUUGCUAAACAAUGGGCAGAAGUGAGUAUUGUAAGCUCUUCGCAGGGCAGGAAAGUCAGCUCACACUUCAUUCAGCUCCCCUCAAGUCUAGCACAAAUUUGUCAUUCUAUAAAUAUUUGUUGGUAACAAAUGCUCUUUAUUCUUACGUAAUCAUGGCAAUUUCCUUAUAACUAAAAAUAAUUGACUUUAAGGGAAAUUGUGGCCAAAAGUUUAACGAAAUUAUUUGUACUGCUGGCUUAACAUUUAUAAUUUUGAUUGAAUAAAUGUUAUUAGAACUAAUAAAAUGUUAAAAAGCUUA